UUACCUAGUUAUCUUGCAGAUAAACGAGCUAUUUAGUCACGAUCUGAAAAUGACAGAUUGAAAAACGUUUUAAAGGGUUUUGAGAUAUGUCUUCGGAAACAAAUUUGGUGUAUGAAACGCGAACCGUUACCGCAGCCCCUGGCCGCUCCAAGCAGACGCGAUCUCUGCUGGUUGUAAUGAGCUGCCUUAUUCUCCUCGCCGGCGUUGUGGGCGUCGUCGUAUGGCGGGUGGGAGCCGGCGGUGGAGGCAGCCCAGGACCAGAACCGACUGCCGCACCGCACACGUCGGCAUUUCCGGUUCGUGUAAGGAAUCUCAUGUUAUCUAGUGAAUUGGAGUUGAAGAUUGUUAACGGAAGUGACGUCAAAUUGUUAAUAGACUUAGGUAAAGGUGGAUUUUCUGCGGUGCCUCGUCGGUGCAAUAGUUCGUCUGCUAGUGACGUCAACGCUUGUCUCGAAUGGGAAAAUGAAGCUCGAUUGCGUAUCAUUUACAACAGCCACAACAUCGAUCAGCGUCUGGGAUCCGCACUAGACUGUUACGAAAUAUCAUGGGAAGCGUUACGUUGCGUGGACCAAGUUUUGACGGACUGUGUAAACGUCAGCGUUGAUCAGUGGUAUGGUGGGUACGCCGACAAGCAUCAAUAUUGGCCGUUCCAAAAGAACACACGUUCGCUGAGGGCUUAUCAGGUCAAUGAUUCUUACGUUGGCGAAAUUGGCGGCGUAGUCGAACGUUAUUUCUUUUCAACAGCAGGCGUCGGUAUGCUAAUUGACCAUGACGUUCCGCUCUACUUUAGCUUAAAUGAUCCGGAUCAAGGUCAAAUGUGUUUCACGGCAAAAUACGAAACGUAUCCGUACGUUAACGUCAAAAACGUGCCUCCGGUGUUGAAAUACAAACUAUGCCAAGCGGCGAACGUGAAAGACGUCCAUCUGAAGAUGACUGAACUUUUUAUCGAUAAACCGACGGGGACCCCAGACGAAAUGCUUUUCAAACGGCCCAUAUGGUCAACAUGGGCGCAGUAUAAGAAAGACAUAAAUCAAUCCACUGUCUUAGAAUUCGCAAACGAUAUCAUUGCAAACAACUUCUCAUAUGCCCAGAUUGAGAUAGACGAUGAUUGGACGCCUGCAUACGGUGAUAUGGACUUCAAUACAGCAAAAUUCCCAGAUGCUCGGCAAAUGAUCAAGGACUUAAAUGACCUAGGAUUUAGGGUAACUCUUUGGGUUCAUCCGUUUUUCAACGCGGAUUCUAUGGCAUUCCAAGUGGCAGCAUUGAACCGCAUGUUGGUACGGCAAUUAGACAGUCCCGCUCCCAUGAUUACACCGUGGUGGGACGGUCCUUUGGCGGGAAUAUUGGACGUUUCAAAUCGGUCCGCAGUCGACUGGUUUCUUUUAAAAUUAAACUACAUGAAAGCGACGUACAACAUUAGUUCCUUUAAGUUCGACGCUGGUGAGACGUCAUGGGCUCCUCAUAUUUAUAGCCAAGCUAACGUUACGUUGAACCCCGCUGAGGCGUACCCGAUGAAAUGGGUUCAACUUGCAGCCGAGGCGGACCCAACUUUUCACCAAGAGGUUCGAGUUGGGUACAAGACACAGAAAUACCCGAUCUUUGUACGCAUGAUGGAUAAGGGUUCAAACUGGGGUCAUGACAAUGCGUUUAAGUCCAUUAUUCCUUGUGUGUUGACGUACGGGCUUCUUGGGUAUCCAUUUGUACUUCCGGAUAUGAUUGGUGGGAACGCGUACAACGGCCAACCGGAUCCAGAAUUGUAUGUUCGAUGGUUGCAGCUUAAUGUAUUUUUACCUGGAAUGCAGUAUUCUAUUACGCCUUGGCAUUUUAACGAUACCAUUGUCGACAUAGCUCGAACAUUCACAGAAAUGCGGGAAAACUUUUCGUCUGUUCUCAUCAAAUUUGCGCGAGAAUCGACGAGAACUGGCGAACCAAUCAUACGGCCGCUUUGGUGGAUGGAUCCGAAUGAUCAGGUCACGUGGACGAUAGAAGACGAGUUUCUCGUUGGAGACGAAAUUUUGGUUGCCCCGGUGAUGGAGAAAGGAGCAAGGUCACGUGACAUAUAUUUUCCACGUGGUAACUGGAAGAAUGAAUUGCGUAACACAAGUGACGUCAUUUCUGGUCCAAAGUGGGUGCAAGAUUACAAAGUAGACAUUGACGAACUAGCUUAUUUCAUGAAUAUUAGUUGACAUUUCAGCCAGGGACAUCCAUGAUAUUGAAGCCGAAUGUAAAAAUUUCGUAAUUUACAACAAGAAACUUAGAAAGCCUGAAAACUUUCUCAUGAGAGAAUUCAAAUUUCGUGCACUGUACAGUUUAAAUUGUUCAACACGUCUGUUUAUAAAAGUUUUAGUUUUCCUCUUUGUAAACAUUUUAUUUAUAGAAACAUAGUAUAGGCUAAAAACUAUGUGUG